GAGGAGAAGGUUUACGUUCAGCACCGCAUCCGGGAGAACCGACGGCUGGUGUGGGAGCUGCUGAGCAGCAGGAGGGCUCACAUCUACCUGUCUGGCGCUGCGCAAGCCCGUGCCUGGCUGUCGACACGGGCAGCGAUUGCAGGAGGGUCCUUCAUGCCCGUGCCCCGCAAGAAAGGGCCCUGGCAGAUGCCAGCGGGGGUGGCCGAAGCCCUGCGGUCGGUGCUGGAGCUGGAGGGUGGCCUGUCACCCUCUGAAGCAGAGGAGCAUUUAACAGCCCUGGAACGGUCCCAGCGCUUCCAGUCUGAAACCUGGUCGUAA